AUGCUGUACAAACCCUCCGCAGCCAGUUUCCCUUCUUCCAUUCUGCAGUUGAUACUGUUCAUGGCACUAGCUGCGACUGCCUGUUGUAGCUCUGGUCUGAAAACAGUACCAAAGAGAAGUAUCUUUUCAGAAGACUAUACAUCAUGGUCACCAGCAGGAGGUGUGAGUGGAAGCCCUUGGAGUGGUAGAUAUUCGGAGGGAUUGGGGCCAACACCUAGUGAAGUGACAAACGCCAUUAUAGAGGCCCACAAAGCUAGAUCUAACGUUGUAAUUGCCCAGCAACAGUUAAAUGCUGCUAAAGAAAAUGUGUUAAACCAACAACGGAUUGCCAUAGAAAAGCAAACACAGGCUAUAAUUAUAAAUCAAAAGUCUCAAGCUGCAGCUGCCAUUCAGCGCUCUGAGGCCAUACAACAACGGAUCGCCGCAUCGAAGGCAGAAGUGGCUCACGCUGCUGCUCAUGCAGCUGUGGAAGAGAUACAAAAGACUAAACACGAAGCUGCCAAGCUCGGCUACUUAACACAGAAUGUACACCACAGCGCCGGGCAACUCAUCUACUCCUUGACCCCAUCCAACAAGCAUUUAUCCGUAUCUAAUCUAAAAAAUAUAGGCAUUGGCCCUUGGCUAGAUGGCAAUGGAAACACUCCUUGA